AUGACGCAACCAGACACAGCCACUCCGGCCCGGCGCUCUACGGCAGCACAGGGACAGCAGCUGUCUCCGGAAGUGCUCGAGAUCCUGGUGCCAAGUCUGCAGGCUGGCCUUGGGGCUGGCACCGUUGGACUGUUCGUCGGGGCGGCUUCUGGAAUCGCACGCUCGGCAGCUCCCGUUCUGUUUUCCGUCGUCACAGGAGCGCAAUGGUUUGUUCUCGGCAGCAGCUACUCUGCAUCCAGGACCGCUCUGAUCAAGGCCUGGGGAGGGAAUGACAAUGUCAGCCAGCCAGACAAAGUAAAAGUCAGCGCGCUUGCAGGCGCAUCGGCCGGUUUUGUCGGCGGCUUGAUUCGUGGGCCGCGAAAUAUUUUGCCAGCCAUUGCCGUGUUCUCGAUCUUUGGUGCCACUGGCCAGGUGGCCGCGAAUGCCAUGUCAUCGCGUGCGGCGGAAUCUACAGGCGAAAAGACAGACUGGCUUGCGUCACGAUGGAGUCCUUUGAGGGCGAUGUCGGACGACGAGUAUGCCCAGUUCAUCCAAGACAAGAUCCUCAAGCUGGAUGUGGAACUGUCCAUGAUCGACGAUAAGAUCGCCGCACUCGAGGCUGCAAAGAGCCAGACUGGCAGCGGAACAGCAGGUGACGGGCCGAAGGCAUAG